AUGUCUGCAGCUCAAGCCCGCCUCUCCCAGGUUUCCGGUCACCUCGGUGGCAGCAAGCAAUCCAUUCUCUCCAAAUCCCCCGACGAUGUCGUCGUGACCUGUGCCAUCCGCACGCCCUUCACAAAGGGCGGUAGGGGUCUGCUCAAGGACACCGCCGCUGCCGACCUUCUGGCCCUUACCUUCAAGAACCUCCUUGAACGCUCCAAGAUCGACCCCAAGCUUGUCGAGGACAUCGCCACGGGUUGCGUGCUUGCUCCAGGAGGUGGUGCCACCGAAUACCGUGCGGCGGCUUUGGUCGCAGGCUUCCCAGAGUCGACCGCAGUCAAGGCCCUGAACAGGCAAUGCUCCUCCGGUCUACAGGCAUGCGUGGACAUUGCCAAUGCAAUCCGCGCUGGCAUGAUCGACAUUGGCAUCGGCUCUGGCGUCGAGAGCAUGUCUUCCCAAUACGGCCCCGGUGCGGUCACUGAAUUCUCGGAUCUGCUGGAAAACCACAUGCAAGCCGCCAACUGCAAGGUCCCCAUGGGUGUCCUCUCCGAGCAGAUGGCCAAGGACCGCAAGAUUUCCCGUGCAGACCAGGAUGCCUUUGCUGCUGCUUCAUACCAAAAGGCCCUGAAAGCUCAACAGGCCGGUCUCUUCGACGAGGAGAUCGCCCCCAUCACUGUCAAAUACACCGAUCCCAAGACCGAGGAAGAAAAGACCGUGACUGUCACGAAAGACGACGGCGUGAGACCUGGAAUCACCGCGGAGUCCUUGGGCAAGAUCCGUCCCGCCUUCGCGAAGGACGGCUCCAUCCACGCUGGCAACGCUUCACAGAUCUCCGACGGCGCUGCGGCUGUCCUGCUCAUGAAACGCAGCACCGCUGAGCGGCUGGGCCAACCCAUCCUGGGCAAGUUCGUGUCAUCAUCGGUGGUCGGUGUUCCGCCUUUACUCAUGGGCAUCGGACCUUGGAAAGCUAUUCCCGUGGCGCUCGAGAAGGCCGGCAUUUCCAAGGACGACGUGGACAUCUACGAGAUUAAUGAGGCAUUUGCCAGCCAGUGCGUCUGGUGCGUCAAAGAACUCGGCCUGCCUUUCGAGAAAGUCAACCCCAAGGGUGGCGCCAUCGCUUUUGGCCACCCUCUAGGCUGCACCGGCGCCAGACAGGUGAGCACCCUCUUCACGGAACUGAAGAGGACGGGCAAGAAGAUUGGCGUGACGAGCAUGUGUGUGGGCACGGGAAUGUGA